AUGAGCUACACAUUCACCCUGGACAUGAACAGCACGAGUAGGGACCUGGAGGAGCUGUACAAUGAGAUUAUUAGAAACUACAGUGACAGCACAGAGAACCUCGACAUGGACACGCCCAUCUGCUCCCUGGUGGAGGGCCCCCUCCUGACGUCCUUCAAGGCCGUGUUCAUGCCCCUGGCCUACGGCUUCAUCUUCCUCCUGGGCCUCCUGGGCAACAUCCUGGUCCUGGCCAUCCUGGAGCGGCACCGGCAGACGCGCAGCUCCACCGAGACCUUCCUGUUCCACCUGGCGGUGGCUGACCUCCUCCUAGUCUUCAUCCUGCCCUUUGCUGUGGCCGAGGGCUUCGUGGGCUGGGUCCUGGGCACUUUCCUCUGCAAAACUGUCAUUGCUCUGCACAAGAUCAACUUCUACUGUAGCAGCCUGCUCCUGGCCUGCAUUGCCGUGGACCGCUACCUGGCCAUCGUCCACGCCGUCCACGCCUACCGCCACCGGCGCCUGGGCUCCAUCCACAUCACCUGUGCCACCGUCUGGGUCGCCGGCAUCCUCUUCGCCCUGCCAGAGAUCCUCUUUGCCAAGGUCAGCGAGCCCCGUUAUAAUGAGAGCCUGCCGAGCUGCGCCUUCUCCCAGGAGACCCCCGCCGUGGCCAGAGCCUGGUUCGCCUCCCGUUUCCUUUACCACCUGGGCGGGUUCCUGCUGCCGUUGCUGGUGAUGAGCUGGUGCUAUGUCGGGGUGGUCCACAGGCUGUGCCAGGCCCAGCGGCGCCUGCAGAGGCAGAAGGCGGUGCGGGUGGCCAUCCUGGUGACAAGCAUCUUCUUUCUCUGCUGGUCCCCCUACCACAUCGUCAUCUUCCUGGACACGCUGGUGAGGCUGCAGGCCAUGGACACCAGCUGCAACCUGAACAGCUACCUGUCCGUGGCCAUCACCAUGAGCGAGUUCCUGGGCCUCGCCCACUGCUGUCUCAAUCCCAUGCUCUACACGUUCGCGGGUGUCAAGUUCCGCAGUGACCUGUCUCGACUACUGACCAAGCUGGGCUGUGCCGGGCCCGCCUCCCUCUGCCAGCUCUUCCCAAGCUGGCGCAAGAGCAGCCUGUCUGAGUCCGAGAAUGCCACCUCCCUCACCACCUUCUAG